GAGGCAGUCACACUCGAACCACCCACACCUCGCCACGCCCUCGGCAAUGGAGGCGCCUCCCCUCUCCCUGCAGCAGCUGAUGGCGGCGGCGGUGCUGCUGCUCGCCGUCGUCUCCUCCCCUUUCACCGCCGCCCUCCUCUCCCCCAAGGGCGUCAACAACGAAGUGCAAGCGCUGAUUGGGAUCAAGAGCCUCCUCAAGGACCCGCACGGCGUGCUCAGGAACUGGGACCAGGACUCCGUCGACCCCUGCAGCUUCGCCAUGGUCACCUGCUCCCCAGACAACUUCGUCACCGGACUGGAGGCGCCAAGCCAGAACCUCUCCGGCAUCCUCGCCCCAGCCAUAGGGAACCUGACCAGCCUGGAGACCGUGCUCCUGCAGAACAACGUCAUAACCGGCCCAAUCCCGGCCGAGAUCGGCAACCUUGCGAGUCUCAAGACACUGGACCUCUCCAGCAACAGAUUCUAUGGGGAAAUCCCAGCAUCCGUGGGCCACCUCCAAAGCCUCCAGUAUAUGAGGCUCAAUAACAACACCCUGUCCGGGCCAUUCCCUUCAGCAUCAGCUAAUCUGUCGCAACUUAUUUUCCUAGAUUUGUCAUACAAUAACCUAAGUGGCCCAGUACCGGGAUCUUUGGCAAGAACAUACAACAUAGUUGGAAACCCUCUCAUAUGCGAUGCAAACAUGGAGAAAGACUGCUACGGGACCGCGCAGAUGCCAAUUUCCUACAACCUGAAUGGUUCGCAAGGCGCUGCGCCGACGAAGACUAAAAGCCACAAGUUUGCGGUCGCGUUUGGUGUUGUGACUGGUUGCAUGACCUUCCUCUUCCUUGCUGCUGGGUUCUUGUUCUGGUGGAGACAGCGUCGGAACCGGCAGAUCCUUUUCGACAUGGAUGAUCAACACAUGGAGAACGUUAGCCUUGGGAAUGCCAAGAGGUUUCAGUUCAAGGAGCUGCAGGUUGCAACCGACAAAUUCAGCAGCAAGAACAUACUUGGGAAAGGCGGCUUCGGACAUGUGUACAUGGGGCAGCUCCCCGAUGGAACGCUUGUGGCUGUCAAACGGCUCAAGGACGGUAAUGCUGCAGGAGGCGAGUUGCAGUUCAAGACCGAAGUUGAAAUGAUCAGCUUGGCGGUCCACCGGAACCUCCUCAGGAUCCUCGGGUUCUGCAUGACUGCCACUGAGAGGCUACUAGUCUACCCAUACAUGUCAAAUGGAAGCGUCGCUUCACGCCUGAAAGGAAAGCCACCUUUGGACUGGAUCACCAGGAAGAGGAUAGCCCUUGGAGCAGCAAGAGGUCUACUUUACCUUCAUGAACAGUGUGACCCCAAGAUCAUCCACAGGGAUGUCAAGGCGGCCAACGUCUUGCUGGACGACUGCUGUGAGGCCAUCGUCGGGGAUUUUGGGCUUGCAAAGCUCCUUGAUCAUCAGGACUCACACGUCACUACUGCGGUGCGGGGCACCGUUGGACACAUCGCACCUGAGUACCUCUCCACUGGGCAGUCAUCUGAGAAAACGGACGUCUUUGGCUUUGGUAUCCUGCUGCUGGAGCUGAUCACUGGCCAGACAGCAGUGGAGUUUGGCAAGGCAUCAAAUCAGAAGGGAGCCAUGCUGGACUGGGUGAAGAAGAUGCACCACGAGAAGAAACUUGAUGUGCUGGUUGACAAGGGCUUGAGGAGCAGCUACGACCGGAUUGAGCUUCAGGAGAUGGUGCAGGUGGCGCUCCUGUGCACCCAGUACCUCCCAGGCCACCGACCAAAGAUGUCAGAGGUGGUCCGCAUGCUGGAAGGCGACGGGCUUGCAGAGCGGUGGCAGGCGUCACAGCGGGCCGACUCCCACAAGUUCACAGUACCUGAGUUCACCUUCAGCCGCUGCUACUCUGACCUAACCGACGACUCGUCGAUGCUGGUGCAGGCCGUCGAGCUCUCUGGGCCAAGAUGACAUGAUCACCAGGUGACAUCACAAUUUGAGACACCAGCAGCAGUCCUUGUACAGCAUAAGAAAUCCUAUAUAGAUUUGGAAAACAAUCCGUACUGAAGUAAAGUAUAAAUAGUGAUGUAUGUACCUUAGAUUAAUUGUACACAGGAGAGAGCACACUCCUUGUGACAGUAUUAACCUAUUAAUAUUACAGAUAGUAGCU